AUGUUUGAAUAUGAAAGUCUACGGGAAUAUUUUGCCAAGUAUGGUGAUAUAACUGAAGUUAUGGUAAUGAAAGAUCCAACAACGCGACGUUCAAGAGGUUUUGGAUUCAUCACAUUUGCAGAUCCAUCGGGUGUGGAUAAGGUUUUAGCUCAAGGCACACACGAGUUAGACGGCAAAAAAAUCGACCCAAAAGUAGCGUUUCCAAGGAGAACACAUCCAAAGAAUACGCGAGUAAAUUUCCAUCGCAAAAAUAACUCAACCAAUCACAGGACAUUUAAAGCAUCUUCACUUUUGGGACCAUCACUGCUAUAAAAAUCUUGUAUGC